GAUGAACAAUUAAUUCUGCAUGCCUAACAUAUAUGUCUUGUGUGCCAAAUUAAACAUAUCGCAUACAAUGCAAGUUGGUGAAUAUAUAUAUAUAUAUACUGUAUGCCGCCGGAUCUCGAGUGGCUAGCUGCAGUGCAAGACGAGAAUGGACUAGCUAGCUGUGCACCCACGGCCGGUUUGGAUGUUUUCUGAUCCCUAGCUAGUGGCGUGCAGCAGGCAUCUGUAUAAAUAUGCAUGGAGGGCCCUUUAAUUUGCAGACCUGCACACGAGCAAUAGCCAUGGCGGCCUCUGCUUCUUUCCUUAUUAUUAGGUGCUUCUGCUUGGUGUUGGUGGUGGCGCUGCUGGCCUCCGGGGCGUCGGCGCAGCUGUCGUCGACCUUCUACGACACGUCGUGCCCCAACGCGCUGUCCACCAUCAGGAGCGCGGUGAACGCGGCGGUGGCGCAGGAGAACCGCAUGGGAGCCUCCUUGCUCAGGCUGCACUUCCACGACUGCUUUGUCCAGGGCUGCGACGCGUCCGUUCUGCUGAAUGACACCAACGGCGGGGAGCAGAACGCGCUUCCGAACGCUGGAUCGCUGAGGGGCUUCGGCGUCAUCGACAACAUCAAGGCGCAGGUGGAGGCUUUGUGCCCGCAGACCGUCUCCUGCGCCGACAUCCUCGCCGUCGCCGCCCGUGACUCCGUCGUCGCGCUCGGCGGGCCUUCAUGGACCGUUCCGCUGGGAAGAAGGGACUCUACCAAUUCAAGCGCGGCCCUGGCAAAUAGCGACCUCCCACCUCCUCAGUUUAACCUCUCGCAGCUUAUCACUGCGUUUGGGAACAAGAACCUCGACCCAACAGACCUGGUUGCCCUCUCUGGUGCUCACACAAUCGGACAAGCGCAGUGCCUCAACUUCCGGGCCCACAUCACCGAGCCCAACAUCAACCCCACCUUCGCCGCGUCGCUCAGGGCCAACUGCCCCGCCACAGGCGGCGACACCAACCUGGCGCCGCUGGACGUCACCACGCCCAACACCUUCGACAACGCCUACUACACCAACCUGCUCAACCAGAGGGGGCUCCUGCACUCCGACCAGGAGCUCUUCAACAACGCCAGCACCGACAGCACUGUCCGCAACUUCGCGUCCAACGCAGCCGCCUUCACCACCGCCUUCACCACGGCCAUGAUCAAGAUGGGCAACCUCCAGCCGCUCACCGGGACCCAGGGCCAGAUCAGGCGCAACUGCUGGAGGGUCAACUCGUCGUAAUAAUAAGCCUGCCGAUCGACGCUUAUUGGCAUCAAGCAUAUCUAUAUGCGAAUAAGGUUACUGCAGCAUGCAUGCACUACCAGCAAUGCAACGACAUGCAUGUCAACGUGUGUGAGUCGGAGUCGUCGUCGUGUGCACUACUACCUGAUGAUGGCUCUCUUAGCUUGUUCCAUCAAGUGUAUGAAAUCAAUGGAGACAGCUGUGAGGAACCCGCCCAAGUUAAUCCCGCUUAAUCGAGUCAUCGUCCAUUGAUCAACUCAA